AGCACGCAGCGCCAGGGGUGCAGUCGUGAGGUGCUGGGUUGUUUGAUACGCCCGCAUUUUGACUCGCAGGGCGCAAAACGUGUUUAUCCCGGAUUGACAGCCGACCCGGACCUUGAGAUGUUGGAUUUUUGCUCGACUUAAUUCCCAAUUAGGGGCAUAGCAUUGCUGUUUUAUGGUCGCGGCGUGGCUCUAUUUAUUUGCUUGACAAUGAAUUCAUGCGCCAUUCCGGAGCAGACCGACGGACAAUGAGGACCACUUUGAUCGCCGCUGCAGCCAUGGUGCUCGGAUUUGCGUGCGUUGUUUUAUCUUUGCCGCAGCGUGGAGUUGAUAAUAGAGGAGAGAGACCUUUCGUCGACCAGUUCCGAGAAUACUACCCCGAUUACAGGAAAUUUUUCCACAACUACACGUUCGGCGACAACAGCAAAAGAGUCUUUUUUAGAUCGGGCAGCGCAUUCACUCGCGAGAAUCCGAUCAAGAACAAGCAGCCUGCUCAGUACAUAUCUGACAUUGACGACGGCUACCACUAUGAAAAACCCAAAAAAAGAGGACCUCUUCCCUACAAAGUCCACUUCAACCUCCACAAUGGUAGAAACAACAACGCCUACUGAUCGAGUUUCCCGUGGACUAUGAAAAAAAUAUUUGCAAUAAUAUCAAAUAAAUACGGAUUAUUCUGAAAUAUAU